GACACAGGCUAGGGGACGCCACCGCCGAUAGUUUGCAGCCGAUUUGUUGCUGAAUGGUGGCCGCUGCAUAGUUCUUUGCUGUGCUUCGCAGAGGACAGAGGAACACAUUAUCUUCGUAAAUAGCUACCCACACUGUCGCCGAACUGGGGAAGUCGCGCAAAAACGCUGCCGAUAUGACAGCUGUACAAGGGGUUCUCUCUGCCGCCGAGCGUUCUGUACGUUCGGUGUUCGUGGGGAACAUUCCUUACGAAGCUACAGAGGAGCAGCUAAAGGACAUCUUUUCUGAAGUGGGACCUGUGGUCAGCUUUAGGCUCGUGUAUGAUCGUGAGACAGGAAAGCCCAAAGGCUAUGGAUUCUGCGAGUACAAGGAUCAAGAGACUGCGCUUAGCGCCAUGCGAAAUUUGAAUGCUUUCGAUCUCAACGGACGUCCCUUGCGCGUCGACAACGCCGCCAGCGAGAAGAGUAAAGAAGAACUCAAAAAUUUACAGGCGUCAUUAGGUGGCCCACCAGUCGAAAGUCCAUAUGGCCAAGAAGUGGAACCAGAACGGGCACCUGAAGCAAUUUCCAAAGCGGUGGCGAGUUUGCCACCUGAACAGAUGUUUGAACUGAUGAAGCAGAUGAAGCUCUGCAUUCAGAACAACCCGGGAGAGGCCCGUAACAUGCUCCUGCAGAACCCGCAGCUGGCAUACGCCCUGCUCCAGGCGCAAGUCAUCAUGAAGAUUGUGGACCCCCAGGUGGCACUGAGCAUCUUGCACCGCCAAAACCCGAACCUCGCCCCACUGGGCACGGGCGCCCAGCAGCCCCUGGGAGGCACUCAGCCUGCUGUGGUGGCCGCACCAGGCCCCAUGGUCACUGGGGCAGGGCCCAUGGUUGGAGCAGCCGGUGGACCCAUGGUUGCAGGUGCUGGGCCCAUGGUUGGUGGGGCAGGGCCCAUGGUUGGGGCAGCCGGCCCUAUGGUAGGUGCAGGGGGACCGUUGCUGGGAGCUGCCGGCGGUCCCCAGCCCUUGGCACCACAGCCUCCGAUGGGACCUCAGGGAAUGGGACCACAAGCACUGGGUCCUCAGCCAAUGGGACAACCUUUGGGGCAGCAGCCCGGAGGAUUGGGCCCAUUGGGAGGGCCAGCUGGAGGUCCGGGCUUUCCUGCCGACUCACCGUUUUCAGACUCAGGAUUUGGUGCACCAGCGAGAGCGUCGUUGCUUGGAGAGCGACCGUCGGUGCCUGACCAAAUCAGAAGCAAUCCAUUUGAUCCUCGUGUGAUGGGACCUAUGGGUGGGGGUCCCGGCAGGGGUGGACCCGACCCUCGCCUGGACCCUCGUGGUGACCGUGACCUGCGUACCAUGCCCCCCAUGGGUGAUCGCGACAUGCGCCAGCAGCCACCCCUCGAAGACCAAGACCUGCGCACAGACCCACGCUUCCGACCUGGAGCGCCAUUUGAUCCUCGUAGCCGGGGCCCCUUUAGUGCCCCCGGAGGCCCCAGAGACGACCCGCGCAUGGCGGGCGCUGCAACAGGAGGACGGCCAGGGCCCCCUGCCCCGGCUGCGAACCCGGUCAUUUCUGCGCAAGACCAGGAGAAAGCAGCCCUCAUCAUGCAGGUGCUGCAGCUUUCGGACCAGCAGAUCGCGUUGCUGCCUCCGGACCAGCGACAGAGCAUCAUGGUGCUCAAAGAACAGAUUGCCCGCAGCACCCAGCAGCAGUGAGGCCCUAAUAAACAUCCUUGCUCGCCUGCGCCCAGUAA